AUGAAAUGUUCGCUGCGCGUAGAAAUUAAUGUCGCCGUUGCAAUAUAUCGACCCUCUGAUCUCGCAGGGGAGCGUUACAAUCCGAACUCGGAGGAUUGGCACGCGGUUCCGGAGAUGUUCAGCCCCCGCAGCAAUUUCGCCACGGUCAUUCUGGACGACAUGAUAUUCGUCGUCGGUGGUUUCAAUGGUAACCUCAACAACCCCCCAAGCUCCACGACGAUUGCGUACGCGGAAUGUUACGACGCGGACAGCAACGAGUGGUACGACGCGUCGCCGAUGAAUCUGAAUCGAAGUGCGUUAAGUGCCUGCGUUAUCGCCGGCCUUGCCAAUGCACGGGAAUACUCUUAUCACGGCAAGGCGCGAGAUCUCGGCCAAGGUUACCCAAAAUUACUAAUUCUCGUGGCUGGAGGGGAAAAAUUGUCUUUUCUAGGCCAAGCUUCGUCGGAAAGUCAACAGAAAACCAUCCAGGGCGGAGAGGGCGCUGUGGAAACGAAUGCAGACAUUUCUACCGAGGAGGAGGAGGCCAUUAAUUUCGACGAACACGUUCAGAGGGACGUCAGCCCUAUGAACGAGAUGGCUGAAAGUGUCGGCAAUUAUCUGGGAUGA